CCAUACCUCGCCUUGAGCUUUGUGGAGCUCAAGUAUUGACUCAACUAUAUAAAGAAGCUUCAAGCUCUUUCAAUUUUGUACCGUCAAAAAUAAUUUUUUGGUGUGACUCUACUGUUGUUUUACACUGGUUGAAAACUCCGCCUAACCUAUUAAAUGUUUACGUUGCCAAUCGAGUAGCUAAUAUUCAAGAAUUGUCUGAAAAAGCUUGUUGGCGUCACGUAAAAUCUGAGGACAAUCCAGCUGACGCUCUAUCACGAGGUCAGUUGCCUCAAGCAUUAGUUGACAACCAACAAUGGAGUUUUGGUCCUUCUUGGCUUCAAGAAGCUGAAGCCCAGUGGCCUGAGCCCAUUGAAAUUCUCGAUAAAACUAAUUUAGAAUACAAGAAAAAUGUUUGCUUAAUUAUUUCUGAGCAACAUUUUUCCAUAAUCAAUACCUUAAUAAAAAAUUGCUCGACUUAUCAAAAAUUAUUAAGAACAUAUGCGUAUGUACGAAGGUUUAUCCUCGCCUUAAAAAUACGCUGUUCUAAGACAGAUGACAAAUCAUCUGAAAUACUUCAAAAUAAAUUUUUAUCAAGUCAAGAGAUUGCUCAAGCUGAGCAUGAGCUUUCAAUCCGGAUUCAAGGUGUAUAUUUUGAGACGGAAAUUAAAAUUUUUAGCUCGCAAAUUCAAAGUAAAAAUACACGAUUUAAUAAUCUAUGUCCAUUUCUCGACGAGAAAGGCCUACUACGCGUAGGUGGGCGUUUAAAACGAGCUAAAAUUUCCUAUAAUCGAAAACAUCCUAUUUUAUUACCGUCUAAAAAUUAUUUCACUGACUUAAUUAUAAAAGACAUUCAUUUUAGACAAUUACACUCAGGUAUACAAACUACCUUAAAUGCCAUGCGUCAACGUUUUUGGGUACUUGAUGGAAGAAAUCAAGUACGCCAAGUCAUACGUAAGUGCAUGACCUGUUUCCGCUUUAUAGCUGAAGCAGAAAAAUUCAAAAUGGCUGACCUGCCAGAAGAUCGAGUCAAUGCCCGAAAUGUAUUUAAAAAUGUCGGUAUUGACUAUUGCGGUCCAUUUUUCAUAAAAGAGAAAAAAUUCCGUAAUACAACUAAAAUAAAAAUAUAUGUAUGUGUCUUUGUGUGUAUGUCCGUAAAGGCAGUACACUUAGAAGUAGUUAGUGACCUAACAACUGAAGGUUUUUUAGGAGCGUUGCGGCGAUUCAUUGCAAGACGCGGUACCCCUGUUAAAAUCUAUUCAGAUAACGGUACCAAUUUUAACGGUGCGAAAAAUCAAUUAAAAGAAUUAUAUAAUUUACUAAAUUCUGAUGAGCAUAAACAUCUGGUGCAUAACUUUACAGCGUCACAUAUACCACGAAUAUCAUGGAAUUUUAUUCCACCAUUAUCACCUCAUCUAGGGGGACUGUGGGAAUCCACAGUAAAAUUAUUUAAACAUCAUCUCAAACGGGUAGUAGGUGAAUCACUUUUCACAUAUGAAGUAUUCACCACCUUCACCACUGAGGUUGAAGGUAUUUUAAAUUCAAGACCUCUCACACAGAUGUGCUCUGAUCCAAAUGACCUUAAUGUCCUUACACCUGCACAUAUUCUAAUCGGUGAACCUAUUCGAAACUUGCCGGAACAAGAUUACACUGAUACACCCACUAAUAGAUUAUCAUUUUGGGAACAUAUUACCAAGAUGAAACAACAUUUCUGGGCUCGUUGGCAUAUUGAAUAUUUACACGAGUUACAGAAACGUCAUAAAUGGGCUAAGGACACCGCUAACAUUAAGGUUGGCGAAAUAGUCCUCCUGGUGGAGAAAAAUGCUCCGUGUACUAGUUGGCCACUUGGACGAGUGAUCGAGUUAUAUCCAGGAGCUGACCAAGUAGUCAGAACCGCAGUCGUGAAGACGGCCAAUGGGACCUACACCAGAUCAGUCACAUUGCUGUGCCCGCUGCCAUUCAAUGACGUCACACCAGUUCCAAACCAAUAAUUAUCAAUAUUUGUGUCUUUUUAUUAUGUAAUCUGUUACAGGAGGAAUUGGAACCAGUACAUAUUAAAUUAAAAUUAAAAAAAAAAAAAAGAAUAUAUAUAUAUAUAUAAUGAUAAUAAUAAUAAUUAGGAUAUUUUCUGUAUAAUAUGCUAAAUUUAAUUGAUCAUAUUACUAUGUAAUUAUUUCAAUCUAGAAUCAUGAUAUUUAAACUAACGUCAUAGGUCAAUAAUUUAAUCAAUUAGAUUUUCGAUUUUUCUGAGGUUUAAUUAAUAAUUAGAAUAAUUAUGUUUUCAAUUUUUCUAAAUGACCAAUUUUCUAAAUUUCUAAUUUGAUUAUAUUUUCAAUUUUUUCAAACUAUCGAUUGUCAUAAUUCAAUUAUAAUAUGUUUGUAAUUAAUAUAUUAGGAAUAUAAGAUAGUGUACUGGCCAGGUUUUACCAUGGUUUCCCUGAGCCUUUUACGGAAUCGGGUACACUCAAAAAGACGAUGCCAUGGGUGCACAAGCACAUCGCACUUACACUGAUAAUUAUUAUAUCAAAUUAUCAAAUAUAAAAAUAUUUUUUAUCAUCAUGU